UAAAACUAGAAGUCCUGACGAAAUCCUUGAAUCUUUAUCGAAAACCAUCGAGGAGUUUCGUUUCGAUGAAGAAAACAACAUCACUUUUGAAAAAUGGUAUGUACGUUUCAAAGACCUUUUUCAAAACGAUGCCAGCAGUUUGAAUGACGAGGCGAAAGUGCGACUUUUGCUGAGGAAGCUGGAAACGUCCGCUCACAGCCGGUAUGUGAAUUACAUUCUUCCGAAGCAACCGCAUGAAAAUUCGUUUGAAGAAACCGUCAAUAUUCUCAAAAAAAUCUUCGGAAAGCAAUAUUCGGUGUUCCACAAAAGGUACCAGUGCUUGCAGAUAGUGAAAUCUGCAUUAGAAGAUAUCAUCACUUACGGCGGAAGAGUGAAUAAGGCAUGCGAGGAUUCUGAGUUCGAGAAUUUGAAAUUAGACGAUUUCAAAUGUCUAAUUUUCAUUUGCGGACUGCAAGCUCCGGAAUUCUCGGAUAUCAGAGCAAGACUGCUAUCUCGAAUAGAAAACGCGACGCCGGAGGCUAAAGUGAACAUUCAAACACUAAUGGCAGAAUUUCAACGGCUUAUCAAUCUGAAAGCGGAUACAACGAUGAUCGAAAAUCAAUCAAGAUCGAAGCAUUCCGUGCAUGCAGUUUCAGAGAAGAAACCGUAUCGUUUGCCACAGCCUUCCCGAUUCGACAAUUCAAAAGAUCAGCGUCAACCGAAAUCAGAUUCGAAUACUGUCCCUCGUACUCCUUGUUGGCAAUGUGGAAAAAUGCAUUUUGUACGGGAUUGCAAUUUUACAGAUCAUCUCUGCAAAGUGUGCAAAAAUGUAGGCCACAAGGAAGGUUACUGUAAAGCCAUGAGAUCAAAAUCUUCAAACAACAACACAUAUCAAAAGAGUGAGAAGAAUCAAAAUCAAAAUCAAAAGAAAUCUCAGGGAAUUUUCGUUAAUCAUGUCACGAAAAACACUGCUAAAAGGAAAUUUAUCUCUAUCAUAAUCAAUGGCAUAACUACAUCACUCCAACUGGACACCGCAAGUGACAUAACAGUUAUUUCUAAAACAACAUGGCAACAUUUGGGUCAACCGAAACUUUCUCAAGCAUCCAUUGAAGCAUCGAAUGCAUCGGGAGAACAACUCAAGCUUAUCGGUGAAUUCGAAUGCGAGGUUAUCCUUAAUGCGAUUACAGAGAAAUGUGUUUGUUUUGUUACAUCAUCACCAGUCCUAAAUGUUAUAGGUAUAGAUUGGAUAGAUAGGUUUAAUCUAUGGGCAAUUCCCUUCGAUGUACUGUGUAAGAAAGUUUCAUCAGCAUGUCCAAAGGAUCGAAUAGUACAGCUUCAAUCGAAAUAUCCAACAGUUUUCGAUGAUUCGCUUGGACAUUGCACAAAAACGAAGGUGAAACUGUUUCUGAAGCCCAAUGUAAAACCAGUUUUCUGUCCAAAACGACCAGUACCAUUCAAUACUAUCGCUCUUGUGGAUGCGGAACUAUCAAGACUACAAUCACUAGGCAUCAUCACACCAAUAGACUUUUCGGAGUGGGCUGCUCCGAUAGUAGCCAUUCGCAAGCCUAAUGGUAAAGUUCGAAUUUGUGCGGAUUAUUCGACGGGGCUUAACGAAGCUUUAGAGUCAAAUCAUUAUCCUCUACCUACUCCUGAAGAAAUUUUUGCACAGUUGAACGGAAGUGUUGUAUUCAGCAUAGUCGAUUUGUCCGAUGCAUACCUACAAGUAGAAGUAGAAGACGAAUCUAAACACCUUCUUACGAUCAACACACAUAGAGGUCUUUUUCAGUACAACCGUCUCGCACCGGGAGUCAAAUCAGCACCUGGAGCUUUUCAAAGACUAGUUGACGGUAUGAUUGCUGACAUUCCUGGCGUUAGAACAUUUCUAGAUGAUGCUAUAAUUUUCGGUAAAACUUGGGAGGCACACAAGCAAUCAUUAGACACAUUUCUUCAGCGUUUAAAAGAAUAUGGCUUCCACGUCAAGCUGGAAAAAUGUCAUUUCUAUCAAACUGAAAUUGUCUAUUUGGGGCAUGUGGUAGAUCGCAACGGCAUACGUCCUGACCCAGAGAAGCUGAAAACCAUCGCAUCUAUUCCAGCACCAACGAACAUUUCCGAAUUAAGAUCGUUCUUAGGAGCUGUGAAUUUCUACGGCCGAUUUGUGAGAAACAUGCAUGAACUCAGACACCCGUUAGAUCAAUUGCUAAAGAAGGAUACGAAGUGGAAGUGGAAUUCGGAUUGUCAGACAUCGUUCGAAAAAUUCAAGAAAGUACUGCAAUCUGACUUACUGUUGACACAUUAUGAUCCGAAUCUUCCUAUCAUCGUUGCAGCAGAUGCGUCUAGCACCGGCGUUGGCGCAGUCAUUUUUCAUAAAUUUCCGAACGGAUAUUUGAAAGCCAUUCAACAUGCUUCAAGAACAUUAACGUCUGCAGAACAAGGCUACGGACAACCGGAAAAAGAAGCUCUGGCUCUUACUUAUGGGGUAACCAAAUUUCAUAAGUACUUACUUGGUCGGAAAUUUACUCUUUUAACCGAUCAUAAGCCUUUACUAUCCAUAUUUGGUUCAAAAAAGGGAAUUCCUUUGCACACAGCAAACCGACUCCAACGGUGGGCAUUGAUGUUAUUAAACUACGAUUUUACCAUCGAAUAUGUUUCAACCACCGAGUUUGGGUGCGCUGACAUGCUAUCAAGGCUAAUCGACCGUUGCAAGCAACCAGAGGAAGAUUACGUUAUAGCUUCGAUUUCACUUGAAGAGGAUAUUCAAAACGUCAUGCACGAAUCAUUGAAACAAGUACCAGUAUCAUUUGCUGACAUUCAAAAAGCAACAGGAUUGGACGAAACACUGCAAGCUGUUUUGAAAUUCAUCCGGGAAGGCUGGCCGAACGAAGCGUCGUCAAUCAAAAAUCAAGACAUUCAGUUGUUGUUCCAAACAUUUACAGGAAAAAGGUACUUCAACAAUUCCAUCGCGGUCAUCCUGGAAUGGUGCGAAUGA